UAUUUUGUAAAGUGGUGUGUGCGUGAUCCUGUCCCUUUAAAAGGUAUCAUUUAUAAAUAUAUUCCAGAAUAUAUGAUAUCCAUCAGUGAAAGGAAGUUUGGGGUUUUAUUUAGUUUUACUUUCGUUUUGACGUUUUCUAAAAUUGAAGGAAGGGAGCUUUUCCUCAAGAAAGUAACCAUUAAACCGAUUCUGUUUUGAAUAAUUGCUGAAAACUAAUUACCUGGCACAUUUCGUUAUCUUCGAGCAAUGUCAUCCCGGCAAGCAAAGGUAUCGAGAUCUUUGAGGUAUACAGUUCUGAAAACAAUUCCAUUAAAACAACGUGUAUAUGUCUUUGAUAUUUCACUAAAUCAAAAAAGGGAUGUCGGUAUUUCGGUCGUGAAAAAUGGACAAUCUCUUCCAGUCAGAUUUUAUUCGCCUUAUGGAUUAUACAUUGCACUUCAGGACGAAACUUUAAUAUGUGCAACAAAGGAUUCCGUUUUAAAAGGUGGCGCAAUAUUCUGGCCUGUUCUACGAACAUAUAACAAUCCUUUGAUACUUGCCGCUGGAUGUUCACCUGUAUUAGGUUACACUCCACAAGGUAUAACUGUGUGCAAAUCGGGGGACAUUCUAGUAUGUCUGUGGAACAAUGAUAUUGGUGAUAGGAGUUUAGGUAAAGUGAUAUCAAUAAUUGAAGAUUUUCAGAUUUCCACGGAUAAGAACCGCCCACUCUACAUUUGUCCAACCUAUAUAGCAGAGAACGGCAAUGGAGACAUCUGUGUCUCUGACGUCAGAGCCGUGGUUGUCACGGACGCCGGCGGGAUGUUAAGAUUCCGUUACCAAGGAAACUCUAGUGCCAGCAACUUUGAUCCAUAUGGCAUAUGUUGCGAUUCAAAAUGCAACAGUAUUGUUGCUGAUAUGAAAAAUUACACAAUACACAUGGUUGACAAAGAUGGCACCUUUCUUUACCACGUGACAUAUAAUGGAAUUAAAAUGCCCCGAGCAAUUUGCAUUGACCAAAGUGACAACGUGUACGUUGGUGAAUGGGAUACAGAUGUCAUUAAAGUAAUUUCACGUUAAAUCGUAACAUCUGCUGUACAUAGGUUUUGUUGAACCAUUUUUAAAAAUAUUUGUUGGAUUGUAUGCUUUGCAGUAGAAUUACAGCAAUUAUUUUAAUUUUUAACGUGUCAGUUUUUGGGUUUCGAAUGAAAACAACAACAUUCUGUUCUUGGCAUUUUUACUCGUAUUUUACAGUGUAUUUUAUCAAUGCUUCCGGUGGUUUUUCAAGGUGAUAUGCGACAAUCCGUAAUGUGAUGCCUUACAUGUAGAUGUUUGCAUAAAUAAAAG